AUGCGAGCACGCUCUUCUUUCGCUUUGGCAGCUGCUUUCUUUGGGGCUUGGAAGGCAUGGAUACUUUUAAUUCCAGUUUCAACUCAAGGUUAGUAACUGCGGUUUAUAUAUCCAAUGCUUCCAAAUAAUUAUUUUAACUAUAAUUAAAAACAUAUUUAAAAAAAACCCAUGAAAAAGGCAAAAAAUACGCCCAAUUCAUGCAUAUACUUUUUCUCUCGAUCAUAGGCCAAAGACAGCUUUUCGUUUUUCGUUGAACAUAUCGACACAUUCGGGUACAAUCAGGUUUAUUCUUUGUCUUGUAACAAGCAAAAAACGUAAGGCUUCUAAGCAAAACCUGCUUUCCACAACAAAAUUAUACCUUUACAAGAUUUAAGAUACUCACCUCAAGAAAUUUGGGAAGUGAUUCCAGUUAAGCCGGAUUGUAUGUCUUUUAAUCAAUUUUAAAAAAAGAGUUAAAGCAGUUUCUCCUUUGUAACCAAAUAUAAGUAUCAGAAAUAAAUAGGUUAGUUUCUGCAACAUUACACUAUUUCUAAGUUACGUUAAGUGAAUAUAUUCUACUCGAUAAUCCUCAAUAAUUUUAUCUUGGUAGUGGCCAUCUCCAAGGCUUUUUCUUCUUUCCCGCAUCACUACACACUUUUUUUUUUUAUUUAAAGUACUUUUGCAUUUCUUAUGUUUUUUUCUGAUUAUCUACUUUUGUUAAUUAGGUAGAAUUUAUGUAACUGAGUUAAUUUAAAUUAUAAUAAUAUACAUGGAAAAAUGAUUCAGGUCUGAUUGGUUCAGAUAAAUGCAGUCUUCAGGUAACUCAGUGCAGAAGAGGGUUAAUUCAGUGCAGAAGAGGGUUAAUUUAGUGCAAAGAAAGUAAAAAAUCAGACAUUCUGAUUGGUCAAUAAUCAAAGAAACUCACAGAUAACAGGUAAUUUAGUGUUAACAACUGGGUUGAAAACGUAAAUUAGCCACCGUAAAGGAUAAAAAAGCUGACGUUUCGAGCGUUAGCCCUUCGUCAAUCGCUCUGACGAAGGGCUAACGCUCGAAACGUCAGCUUUUUUACCCUUUACGGUGGCUAAUUUACGUUUUCAACCCAGUUGUUAACACUAAAUUACCUGCUAUACUCUCCCACCGACGCAGCACCACAGUUUCUUUAGAAACUUACCCCUAAACUCACAGAUAGCCAAUCAAAUGCGAGCCUUGGAUGUCACAACAAAAUUGGAAAAUUGGAAAAUUUGCGAGCGAAACAAUGGCUGGCGUUUUAAGUGGGUUUUCUUUCGCCAUCGCAGCUGAAAAACAGCUCAAACAACAAAAACACUGUAAAAAGCACUGCUCUUUGGUUGUCGGUUUGGAAAAAGUGGUGUGUAGAGAAGGUAAUUGCCAAGGAAAUCGAAAAUUACGAGCUGACCCAGCUUAACACUUUGCUCGAGCGAUCCAUAGCCGAAAUUAAAAACAAACAUGGUUAAACCUCGGAAACGACGAUUCCAUUUCAUCGGAAGUGAUUCGGACACAGACUGAACAAUUCCUUGAACUGUUUAGCCGGACUUUAAACUUUUUUGCGCCUUAAAGAUGCGAAGAUAUCAUUGCAUAUUAUUGUUUUGAUCGUACGCGGUUGGUUUGACCGAACAGACGGUUUGAAUAAAUUAUUUUAUAACAUAGCUAGUAAAUUUGCCUAAUCAAAUUCAAUUGUGCGAGCGUGCUUCAUAUUCCUAUUGUGCACGCCCAUGACGUCAACAAACAAAUCCCUCGCGAAAAAAAAUUUUCCUUCGGGUUGAAAAUGUUAUAAAACAAUUGGUUUAUACAUCAGCUGUGCGUUCAUCGAGAUAUGAAGCACUUGGAGAGCACUCAAGGAGCUAGAGUUGCUCUCGGCUACGCCUCGAGCAACUCUUACGCAUCUUUCGUGUUCUCCAAACUUCCCGCGUGCUUCAUAUCUCGAUGAACGCACGCUGACGUAUGAACUAAUUGUUAAUUAUAACAUAGCAAGCAGAGCCGCGCAAUCAAAUUCAGUAUACGCAAGCGUGCUCAAAAUCCCGAUGGUGCACGCUGAUAGCGUGAGCAAAUCGCUUCACCAGAAAUUUUUUUUUUUCGCGCGAGCGGCCAUUGUUAGUGCGGGGAAAAAUAAUAUAUUUCGCGACAGUAAUGGAUACAAACAGAGACUCGGCCCACCAGUCCCAAAACGAAGACAAUUUUCCGACCUUUUCCCUUGGACUAGAGUUCUUAAAUGAGGGAGAAAAAGAGAAAAACAACGAAAAAGGAGACUCUACGAACAAUCACUUCUGAUAUUGUUGUCCGUUUUUUGCGUCGGAUUUGAUGCACAAUUCCACCGGUUAUGUUAUAAAACAAUGAGUUAUAAAACUCAAGAAGCUAGAGUUGCCCUCGGCUAUUGCCUCGGGCAACUCUUACGCUUCUUUCGUGCUCUCCAAACUUCCCACGUGUUCCAUAACUCAAUAGUGCACGCGAAAGCAUGAACCAAUUGUUAAUUUGCAUUUGAUGCGCGCGCUUUGCUUAUGUUUAAUUAUGAUACGCAUCUCGAAUUUUUCCAUGUAUAUUAUUAACGCGUAAUCACAUGAUUUUUCUCGUGCAAUUUUGGAAUAAACAAGCACUUGUUAAUUUUUUCAAAGACCACAAUUUUGUUUGUCUUUAAAAAAAAUUAAUCGUGCUUAUUGAUUUCAAAUUGCACUCGAAAUCAUGUGAUUACCUAUACAAAAAAAAAAUUGGACGGCGUCUUUCUAGCUGCUCGGUUGAACACGGUCGAUGAUGCCGAAAGUACAAUUAAGUCUAUUACCUAAUUCUAGUUAUAUUACCUCAACCAGAGCAUUGUCGAGUACUAUUCUUCGAGGCUGCAAGUUUUUCAGACAAAGUGUUAAACAAAAGUAUCAUCAAAAACUUGACCGUAAAGGACGAACAGUUGUGUCAGUUGAGGUGUUUUGUUGAGGAAACCUGCAAAUCCUACAACCUUGGUCCGCCAGACAGUGGAGGAGAAGGAAAACGAGUCUGUGAACUGAGCAGUUCCCAUCAUGUCUUGCAUCCAGAUUACCUUGUGUCGAAGUCUGGAUUUACCUACCGUCCAUCAGAGGUGGGAAACAUAUAAAUUGUUACUUAAUAAUGGUAAUUGCACUGAGUGAAGUGCAAUUUGGGCUGAAACCAUACGCGUGAUUUGAAAUCACAAGUAUGAUUUCAGACCAAAAUUGCACGACACGAGGUUCAAUUACCACUUUAUUACAUCCAUUUUGAAAUCGGCCAAAUACAGGACUUGGUCAGUUCAAAUAUUUUUUUGAUGAAGUACUGAGCCGGUCUGAAAUUCAAUUCAUGUCCAUUUUUUGGGGAGAAAAAGUAAGAGUUAAGAAACAAAAGUUGCAAAAUUUGCCACAUGAUACUCCUUGUCUUUCAUUUUCCUGCGAUUUGAUCGGUUACUUUAAACGAGCCUUAAAAUCUAACUGGUUGUUUUGUUUUUAGUGUAGCCUCCUCAUUGACUGAGAAAAAGAUGCGAUUUAAAGCAAAAAAUGGUGCGAUUUGUGAAUAAAUCGCAUCAAUUAGAGCCAAUCAGAUUACAGGGACCACCAGUGAUUUCAAAAUGGGUGUAAUAAACACACUAAUUUGAUUAUUAUAGAGAAGAAAUUCGGUAAACACAUUGAUUCCAUAUACCAGAAAAACGGAAAUCUAGUAAAAGCUAUUGGAACAACGUACUCAUUUGGAAUAUUGUUGAGUGAAGGAACACGGCGAUGAUAUUUGACGAUGGAAGUGUUGAAACGAAUAGACAUUCCGAAAAUAAAUUGGCAUUCACAGUUGUAUAGAAAUUUGUCAAAUAACUUAAAUAUCAGGAAUAUGGGAUGUUUUUUGCUGGUGGAGCAGAUGACACAUGGCUAUUGUGUGUAUUCAACGAAAACUGUCUUUUAAAAGUUGUAUCAGCUUCAGAUUGAAAAUUAGCUAUAAAUGUAGUGAUCGGUAAAAAUUUGUCGUAAACCUUCCGUGUUUUUCCUUUCGACAGAACCUGUGUGGAAUUCCUUGUCCAGAGAAGCAAUCUUGUUUCUUAGUACACAACAAUGGUUUUACAUGUUUGUGUCCUGAGCUAGAAGAUUCAGAAAAGACAUGCACUGAAGGUUGUUUUUAAAUCUCUGCAAAUUUAUUCCAAAAACUAAUCGCAUGAUUGCAUUCUCACACCGCACUGGUUAAUCUUCGACUAAAUUUCAUUAAUAUCAUCAAAAAUAAAAAUCUAUCAUAGUUUUAAGUGCGCAUGAGUGUCGAGAGCGUACGGUGAGGAAAUCAGUAGUAUAGGGUGUCAAAUUUUGGGCUCGAUCACCGAGUCAAAAGCUAUGGUAGUCACGAGGAAAUAAAAUAAGAUGGCAAAUUAUGGGCUCGGUUGAUGAAUCAAGAACGAUAUUUACCAUCUUUGUACCUAUUGUAGUUUCAGACGUGGACGAGUGUGCAGCUAAUACACAUGACUGUGCCGCUGAUGCGGAUUGUAUCAAUACUGAUGGUUCAUUCGUCUGUUCAUGUCAAGUGGGAUAUACUGGAGAUGGUAAAUUAUGCCAAGGUACAAAAAUGACUUAGAACAUACUCUUUUCAUUUCAUUCUACAUUUGUCAUAUUUUUCUGUGCCUGCGUGGUAUAAGGUGUCAAAUAUUGGGUUCGGUCACCGAGUCAAAAGCUAUGGUAGUCACGAGGAAAUAAAAUAAGAUGGCAAAUUAUGGGCUCGGUUGAUGAAUCAAGAACAAUAUUUACCAUCUUUGUACCUAUUGCAGUUUCGGACGUGGACGAGUGUGCAGCUAAUACACAUGACUGUGCCGCUGAUGCGGAUUGUAUCAAUACUGAUGGUUCAUUCGUCUGUUCAUGUCAAGUGGGAUAUACUGGGGAUGGUAAAUUAUGCCAAGGUACAAAAAUGACUUAGAACAUACUCUUUUCAUUUCAUUCUACAUUUGUCAUAUUUUUCUGUGCCUGCGUGGUAUAAGGUGUCAAAUAUUGGGUUCGGUCACCGAGUCAAAAGCUAUGGUAGUCACGAGGAAAUAAAAUAAGAUGGCAAAUUAUGGGCUCGGUUGAUGAAUCAAGAACAAUAUUUACCAUCUUUGUACCUACUGUAGUUUCAGACGUGGAUGAGUGUGCAGCUAAUACACAUGACUGCUCCGCUGAUGCAGAUUGUAUCAAUACUGAUGGCUCAUUCAUCUGUUCAUGUCAAGUGGGAUAUAUUGGAGAUGGAAAAUUAUGCCAAGGUACAAAAAUGACUUAGAACAUUAUCUUUUCAUUUCAUUCUAUAUUUGACAUAUUUUUCUGUGCCUGCAUGGCACAAGUUUUUGAUUCUUUUGCAGGUUUUCCUUUCCGUUUAAGGCUCAAUGGGAUUGAAGAACCUCUCCGGUAACAAAGAGAUUUGAAUUAUUUUCAUUUCACGCUCUCCAAUCGCUAUUCUUACAUUAAUUAAGUAAUAUUAUUAUAUAGAUACUGAUAAAAUACCAGGAUUUUUCCUUUUACUAAAAAAAUCAUAUCGCGCGCAGUGAAGAUACUAUUUUUAUCUUUCACGUGUGAGGAUAUUGGUGUCGCCAUGGUUACUAAAAUGAUUAAAAAAAUGUGUGAACACAAGAUAAAUAAUUCGUUUGUUUUCUGACAGUUUAAGUGGAGCAGCCAGCAUCGCUGUUUCAGAGGAUAAUAUUACAGCACUGUACUUGGAUGGCAGUCCGCUGACCUAUGCUGUAAUGCCAGCCAUUCCCAUCCUUACCACAGGUUUCGGCAUAUCCGUGUGGAUUAAACUGCUUAAGUAUCCAAAUAGUUUUCAACCUAUCUACGGUGACUGGUCGUCGAAUGCAUCAUUUGCCCUCUCAGUUAAUGAAGAUGGUAGAUUGUGUACAGAGGCAAAAAGACAAGCUCCUGCUACAGGAAAUGUUUUCUCUAUAUGUGGAAAGUAAGUCCUUAACAUAAUAUAGAAGAGACAUUUUCAUUUGAAGGUAGAAAUGAAUUCAAAGGAGUCCAAAUUUCCAAAUUUUUGAGGAUAUUAAAUUGGACUGUCUUAGGCGUCCCACGCAAUCUGAGAAACUAGCAAAAUUACCAGCCACCCGCUUCCUGAACAGAAGCAGGAAGAUCUACUGGUGUGAGGCAAUUUGAGGGGACGUCGUGUCAGGUGAGAUCGGUGAUCCACUUGGCACUUAAAUAAACUUUUCUGGAUGUUAAUAUGGUGUUGUGUAAAGCCAAGAGCCAUAGAGUAUUCUAAGAGUAAUUGCCCACCUACCCCUUCCUUAACCCAACAACAGUCAAUUGAUAACAAACUAGGGUGAAUGUUGGGUUAAGGGAGGGGUAGGUGGGCAGUUGCCCAGGCACUGAUAUUGAUCCAGAUAUUUUAGCUAUCGUAACAGCACGACCUACAUUAACGCUUAUUUUUCUGUCAGCUUGCAUGAUAUUCCAUUGAACAAGUGGACUCACGUAGGAAUGUCUUGGAGAAAAACCCUCGGUAAACUUCUAUUGUUCAUAAAUGGAGAGACUUUCGAGGACUAUGUCCAUGAAAAUCCAGUCCUUUCUUUCAAGAAUUCAGGGCGUUUACUGCACGACAUUGGCUUCAGGGAGGACACUGGUAACACAAUACAAGCAUACAUGAGUGAUUUUGUAAUUAUAGAUAGAGAAAAAAAUGGGAAAAAUUUUGUAGAGGAAUUCUUCGAAAGCCACCCACUCAGCAAGUUUGCCUAA